UCAGGGAGGGGCGCGUUACCCUCGUCCGGCUCCUUAGGCUCUGCGGCGGCUCCGGCUCCGGCUCCCCCUGAAGUGACGCCCCCCCCUUCCCCGCCCGACUGCCGCUCCGGCCCCUCAGCCCCCAGUGACGCGCCAUGGGCACCCGAGACGACGAGUACGACUAUCUCUUUAAAGUUGUCCUCAUUGGAGACUCUGGUGUGGGGAAGAGUAAUCUUCUGUCUCGUUUUACUCGAAAUGAGUUUAAUCUGGAAAGCAAGAGUACUAUUGGUGUGGAGUUUGCAACAAGAAGCAUCCAGGUUGAUGGGAAAACAAUAAAGGCCCAAAUAUGGGACACAGCAGGACAAGAACGAUACCGGGCUAUAACGUCAGCUUACUACCGUGGAGCAGUAGGUGCCUUGCUGGUUUAUGAUAUUGCUAAACAUCUUACAUACGAAAAUGUAGAGCGAUGGCUGAAAGAACUGAGAGAUCAUGCAGAUAGUAACAUUGUUAUCAUGCUUGUGGGCAACAAGAGUGAUUUACGCCAUCUCAGAGCAGUCCCUACAGAUGAAGCAAGAGCAUUUGCAGAAAAGAAUGGCUUGUCAUUUAUUGAGACAUCUGCUUUAGAUUCUACAAAUGUAGAAGCUGCUUUCCAGACAAUCCUGACAGAAAUAUAUCGCAUUGUUUCUCAGAAGCAAAUGUCAGACAGACGUGAAAAUGACAUGUCUCCAAGCAACAAUGUGGUUCCUAUCCAUGUCCCACCAACCACUGAAAACAAGCCAAAGGUGCAGUGUUGUCAGAACAUAUAAGGCUCUGCGCUUCUCCCUUAGAAGGCUGUGUAUAGUCCAUUCCCCAGGUCCGAGAUUUAAAUAUAUUUGUAAUUCUUGUGGUCACUUUUUUGUGUUUCAUUACUACUUCUGAAUUUCUUUAUGUCUUAAGUCUUUUUUUAAUUUCAAAUUUAUAAAAUCACCUACUUGUCCCAAAUGACUGCAGCUUCUUUUCAUGCGAAGCCUUCACUAGCCUUAGUUUAAUAAAUGGAUGUUUGGAUUCCUUAAUUAUUGCUCAUUUUCCAUCAGGAUGGUCUGUUGCAAUGGUAUAACCCUCAAACUUAAGUGCUUGAAGCUUAGACCUUUUGGUUCUGAACAAAUCAAAGAAUACUAUUCAGUUAAACAUUUUGCCACAGAGCAAUUUAUAAAAAGUGUAUCUCUCCUUCAGUGCAGCCUCUCCAAAUCUAGAAAUUAUGCUAUAUUAUAGAUAGCAAAAUUUUAAGAGCUUCAGAAAUAGUCAUCAUUUAGGAAAGACAGUUUCUAAAAUGCCUUAAUAGGUCUGUGUGAUGUAAUAGUUUAAAAUUUUUUAUGAAUUUAAGGGGGAGAAGGGGGGAAAACCCACACCAAACUUUUCCUGACUGAAGGAUUUGCUUUGCAAAAGACUAUCAUUUUAUGCAGUUUAGGUAGCUAUGUGAUUGGGUUUGGGGAGGAGGGGAGGGUAUGUCAUCAUGUUAAGUGAUGAGUAUGGCAGGCUGUAGACUAGUGGAAUUCCAUUUGUGGUACCUUCUCUGCAGCAAGACCAGGCAGCUAUGAGCUAUCUAAAAUGACUUAAUUUCAUAGUAGCAGAUCAUGCAGCAUUUUAUUGCCUAGGCAAUAAAUAACCUGUACAAUGCUAGAAAUACCAAAUUUUGAAGUGUGUGGUUUUUUUCCUUCCAUUAACCCCAGUAAAUAAAAUGUGGCCUCGUUUU